AUGUGGCGUUCGGCCACAGCGGUCACUUUACCGAACCUCGUUGAGAGAGUUAUGAGAGAUUUGGGACCACUAAUAGGUGCCAUAGAUCAGGGCACCAGUUCUACCAGAUUCCUGGUAUUUGUGGCCCAAAGUGGAGAACUGGUAACCUAUCAUCAAAUUGAGAUCAAAAGAGUGUUUCCAUUCCAGGGUUGGGUCGAACAGAAUCCUCUCGAGAUCUUUGAUUCGGUCACUGAAACCAUUGCUGUAGUCAUCGAAAAACUUAAUAAAUUAGAGAUUUCUCCACAAGAUAUUAAAUGUGUUGGACUUACAAAUCAGAGGGAAUCGUGUAUUGUAUGGGAUAAAGUGACCGGCGCUCCGCUUUACAAUUGCAUUGUAUGGCUGGACAACAGGACGAGUGAAAUUGUGGACACAAUUCUUGAUCACAUUCCCGGCCGUGACUUGAAUUGGCUCAAAAAGAAGACAGGUUUACCCAUAUCUACAUAUUUCACGGCUUUUAAACUUAAAUGGCUUAUAAAUAACGACCCGAAGAUUGUUGAGUCCAUUAAAAACGAUCGCUUACUCGUGGGAACCGUCGACUCGUGGCUGUUAUGGAAGUUAACGGGAGAGCACAUGACGGACGUGACAAAUGCCAGCCGAACACUACUCAUGGAUAUCGAGUCACUCGAAUGGGACCACACUUUAUGCAAAUUCUUUGAGAUUCCUAUGAAAAUAUUGCCUCAAAUUAAAGCCUCUUCUGAUUACUUUGGAGACAUUAAAAGCGGACCACUUAUUGGUAUACCCAUUACAGGUGUGAUUGGGGAUCAAAACGCGGCACUUGUGGGUCAGCAAUGUUUUAAUAUAGGUCAGGCAAAGGUGACAUAUGGAACAGGGUGCUUUCUAAUCCAGAACAUAGGUCCCGGACCCGUUCACGGUGCCCUCAGUGGCGUCUCGAGUCAGGCCAAAAACACUCUCAUCACAACCGUUGGCUAUAAGUUUGGCUCCAGUCCUGCCUGUUAUGCAUUGGAGGGAAGUGUUGCCAUCGCCGGUGCGGCCAUCACUUGGCUCAGGGAUAAUCUCGAACUCAUACAGAAUUACGGAGAGAUUGAAGGCAUCGCCAAUCAGGACGAGAGCGCCGGCGGACUCUUCUUUGUGCCCGCGCUUCAGGGUCUAUACGCCCCCUAUUGGGACGCCAACGCCACGGGCACUAUAAUCGGUGUCUCGCAGUUCAGCCGGAAGUGUCAUUUAGUUCGCGCCACUCUGGAAGGGGUGGCCUUUCAGGCCAACGACAUCCUAGCGAUGAUGCGUCGGGACAGCAGAGGCGUCAAAGUGGACGGAGGUAUGAGUUCUAACGACUUGUUGUGUCAAAUGUUGGCCGACAUCUCCGGGUGUCAGAUAUUAAGGCCCAAACUGACCGAAGCGACCGCUUUGGGAGCAGCGAUGGUCGCCGGAUAUCACGUCGGCCUCUGGGAUAUCAAUUCUGAACGACUCAACUCUGAAAGAGAGCCCACAAGUGAGGGACUAAUCGAGAAGAUCGCAAGACGUCUGUCAUUUAGAGGCGAGAAUAAUACUGCGGGUAAAAAGUUUGAUAUAUUUUGGCCAAAAUUGGACGAUAAGACACGAAUGGAUAAAAUUAAUACAUGGAAAAUGGCUGUCGGGAGGAGUCGUAAAUGGAUUAGAGUCGAGAAACAAGAGCUCAAGAAAAUCAAUUAUAAGAGAUUAUCAACGCUUCCCUUCAUGUUCUAUGUGUUGAUGUCAUUCGCCACACAUAUAGUCAGUGCCAUUCAAUAGACUGUCCAUCACUUCCAAUCCAUUCAAACACUUUGUAAUUUAUAGACAUAAUUAUCUUAUGUUAUAAUCUUAUAAUCUGAACACUAUUUGCAGAUACAGUAGAAAAUUAUGUAUUUUGUAAAUUUAUAUAUAUUUAUGUGAAAUAAAAUUUCAAACGCUUUUGGGAACAA